AUGGACUUCUCCCUCGACAUUAAAGAGAAGGACGUCGGCGCCGUUAAGCCGCCCAGCUUCCCCCAGCCAAAGUCCACCACCACCGGCUUUCCCGAGCACAAGAAGCGCACAAGAGUAUCAGCUUUCAAGAAGCAACGCCAGGGCGCCGACGCCAGUGCUCACGAACCUCAAGAUGCCCCAACAACAUCGACACGGCCGGCCCCGGCAGUCCCGGCGCAAACUCCCCAACCGGCUCGGCCGGGCUCAACGAUGGAGCAAGCUGCGAUCGACCGGGAAAAUAGGGACCUCCUGGCAUCCAUGUCGCCAGAGCAGAUAGAAGAGGAGCGACAAGAGCUUUUGAACCGCCUAGACCCUAGCAUAGUCCAAAUGCUACUCAGGAGGGCCAACCUCGACGAGCCGAGCGGGCCCUCGCCGUUUGACGAGCCCACAGGCUCAGAUGCCAACACGACAGAGCCCCCGAAACGCGAGGAAGCCCCCGCGAUCGUGGUAGAAGACACGACUGCCCCCGAACACAAAGAGAACAAGCCAAAGAAGACAGUGCGCUUCGACGAAGACGCGCCGCCACCAGAACCACCCUCCGACCUCUUCGACCCAAGCUCCGAGCCCCCACCACAACCAACACCUUCGUCCGCAUCCGCCGACACCUUCGCCGCAAACACCACGCACUUCCCCCACCCAAAGCCCCUGCCCGACCUCGACCCGUCCGACCCAGACUUCCUCGAGACGCUGCACUCCAAGUACUUCCCCAACCUGCCCGCCGACCCCACGAAGCUGGCCUGGAUGGCCCCGAUCCCGACCCCGGGCUCCGUCGCCGACCAGGAGUCUCCCUACUACCCGGGCCAGUCGUCGCUGUCCAUCGCCGCCCUGCGCUUCGACUUCAAGGGCCGCCUGCUGGCCCCCUCGACGAGCAGGGCGAUCCCCGUGACCAAGGGCCUGCACCACCACGGCCAGGCCCCCGAGGCCGCGGGCUACACGAUCGGCGAGCUGGGCAUCCUCGCGCGGAGCGCCGUCCCCGCCCAGCGGUGUGUCGCUUUCCAGACCCUGGGCAGGAUACUGUUCAGGCUGGGCCAGGGCGAGUGGGGCGGCGGCGACGACGACGGCGACCUCGCCAAGGGCUUGUGGCGGACGGCCCAGGAGGCCAAGGUCAUUGAGAGCCUGCUCGAGGCGGCUGAGGUACCCGAGGGUCAGGGACACAGGGGAAGCAGGUCGUAUGCCAUCGAGGCGCUCUGGCUGUUCGAGAAGGGUGGGUGGAAGGAGAAGUUCCAGGGGAGGUGA